AUGGAAAUUACUAAAGUAUUGGGCACAUCCGUAGUUUCAGUUUAUUCAGCAGCAACAGAUCAUGCUGCUGUUCAAUUGGAUAUAGCUGAUGAACAAACAGGAAGAAUUACAGGAAAAACUAGUACAUAUGAUUUAAUUGGUUCAGUUCCAAUGAUGGUUGUAGCUGAUGAUUCAAUUGCACGAUUAGCUACAAGUGAUGAAUUUAUUAAUAAAGGAUAUUUUAUUAAAGAUACCAAAUAA